UUGAAAGAAAAUAUAUAUAGUACUGUACUACGUAUGUUUUGUCUUGGCAACAGAUUUGAUGAUUAAAUCAGCUUCACACUCCACACCAGUAGGUGACGGUAAUGAAUCUGAACAUGUUUUAUCAAACGAGAGAGUGGAAAAGUCAGGAAAUAGCACACAAAGCAGUCUUUUUAAUGAAAAUUUGGUGUUGUCACUUCAGCGAGCUACGCCGCGUCUAAAGUUCGAAGCAAUAAAGUGAUCCGCGGAGAAGCUGUCGGAGGACCAUGACAGCUCUCAUUCACAAGAUGAAGACCUCAGGACCAUUGACGGCGUCGGACGUCCAAAGCAUUUGAACUGGGAAGGCUCAGGCUCCGGACUGUCACGACUGGCCGCGUCAUGGCUGCCGAGAAGCCGCUCCACAUCCCCGGCAACCGUCGUAUCGCGGCCGGCCUGUUGGCCAACCUGCUGUCGUCCAUCUGCAUCGUGUUCCUCAACAAGUGGAUCUACGUGCGUUACGGCUUCCCCAACAUGACCCUGACCCUGGUCCACUUCGCCGUCACUUGGCUGGGGCUGUACGUGUGCCAGAAGAUGGACGUUUUCUCGCCCAAACGGCUGCCGCUGCGCCGCAUCGCCUGGUUGGCGCUCAGCUUUUGCGGCUUCGUGGCUUUCACAAACCUGUCGCUGCAGAACAACUCCAUCGGCACGUACCAGCUGGCCAAAGCCAUGACCACGCCGGUCAUCAUCCUCAUCCAGACGGCUUUCUACAAGAAGACCUUCUCUACUAAGAUUCAACUAACCCUGGUGCCAAUCACGUUAGGCGUGAUACUGAAUUCGUACUAUGACGUGCGUUUCAAUGUGCCGGGGACGCUUUUCGCUACCUUGGGUGUUCUGGUGACCUCGCUCUACCAAGUGUGGGUCGGUGCGAAACAACACGAGCUCCAAGUCAACUCCAUGCAGCUCCUGUACUACCAGGCUCCUCUGUCAUCAGGCUUCCUGCUCGUCAUUAUCCCGUUCUUCGAGCCGCUCGCGGGUGACGGAGGAAUAUUUGGACCCUGGUCUAUUCCCGCUCUGUUGACUGUUUUUUUUUCCGGCGCGGUGGCGUUCCUGGUCAACCUGUCCAUCUACUGGAUCAUCGGAAACACGUCGGCUGUUACCUACAACAUGUUUGGCCACUUCAAAUUUUGCCUAACACUGGUGGGAGGGUACGUUCUCUUUCAGGACCCGCUGACACUCAACCAGGCUUUGGGGAUUCUUUGCACCCUGGCGGGAAUCUUGUCAUACACGCACAUCAAGCUGGCCGAAAUCGAGGAGGGAAAGAGUCGGCUGGCUCAGAGACCUUAAUUUCACCGAGCUCUCGCUUGCAGGUGGCGAAUCCGAUCAGGGACUUUUUUGUAUUCCAAUCUUUAUUUUAUUAGUAAUAUUUUUUGCAAGUAAAAUCUAGGCGUCUGUGUGUUGUAUCUCCUAUGGUGCUUUGCUCUAGAACAGCGGUCUCAAACCGACUCCACAAAGGGCCGCAGUGGGUCCUGGUUUUUGUUCCAACAGAUCCAGCACAAACAGUUCAACCAAUGAGGUUUCUACUAACAUAAGCAGCACCUGAUUGCAAUCAACUGAUUACACUUGUAAGAAACCAGAUUGGUGAAAAGGUAUUUGUCUCGUUUGGUUGGAAUGAAAUCCAGUACCCCCUGCGGCCCUUUGAGGACCGGUUUGAGACCACUGCUCUAGAAGAAGGAAAUGAAGUUGUUGUCAUGAAGAGCCCACAAUACCGGACUGAUCAAGUUGUAAAAGUGUUGAAAAUGAGUUAUUUUCCGAAACUCAAGAAAUCAGUUGCGAAUGAGUGAUUUGUACAUGAAAUACCUAGUCAAUAUGUCACAUUUGUCCUUGUUAUCAUGUAAUCAUUAAAAUUUCUCAAGGCGG